UCGGUAUUUUGAAGGUAAUGUAUGGCACGCUCUCAGUGCUGCGCCUCCUGGCGGUGGAAUGCGGAACUGGAGGAAUCUGUAAACGUGUGCAUUGUCUUCGCAAACAGUCAGUGGUGCGCCUUCGUGCCGAUGAGAGCUCCUCCGGCACCUCUCCCGUGUUCACGGAAAUUUGGCGCCGAGCGUGAGCAACAUGGAAGUUAAAUGGCUGGCAAACGGAGUUGUUUAGUGCGCCUCACGGGGACCGGAAUGUCCCAGAAAAGGGACGCGAACUCUUACCCAGAUGGGUACAGGGUCCUCAAUUGCAAUGAACUACGGGAGCUCCUCCAAGAUGACGAAAAAAUGAAUCAGAUCGUGCGACUCAGUGAAGAGUUCCAGGAGCUCCAGCUGGACAGGGAAUCCAUGUUAGUAACCAAUUGGAGUCUUGCAGAAGAGAGCCUUUCGCGACGCCCUCACCUCCAAAACGGCAAGCUGCAGUUGGCUGCAAAGUACAAGGAACUGGCAAAACUGACCACAGCCUGCAGGGAAAAGCAAAGCCGACUUGAGUCCUUCACGGAGAAGCACAGCCCUCAGACUGCCCACAAUCUGCUCCAGGAGGAGGUUGUACGUGCCGAGGAACGGUCUGAGGAGUUGCUGGAGAAGUUCAUGGAGGGCCACGUGCCCCUGGAGGAAUUUCUUGAUUCAUUUCAAAGCCACAGGAAGACGUACCAUAUCCGCCGCGCUCAAGCCGAGAAGCUCCAGGAGCUCAACAGGCCCCACAGGAAACCGAGGAAACAGGAGGAGGAGCUGAAGAGGGAGGAGGGACGUAAGGAAUCCCGGCCAAACGGCAUCAGUGCACACGGCCCUCCUCGUCUCUUCCAGGUCCGAUACGGUCUGACCCCGGCCAUCCUGCUUCCGCUUUCCUCUUCCUCCGCUUCAGUCCUACCUCCUCUGGACUCGCGCUCAGGCCAGCUGCAGGUUUCAGGGCCGUGCGCCCGUCCCUCCUGCCCCAGGCAGCCCGUCAGCCUGAGAGUAAUAGGACAGUUACCCGGGUGGCCGGUGAGACCGGUCCGACUGCAGCAGCUGUACAGGCCCAGUCCACAUCAGCCCGAGCCUCCGUGUCGAUAACGCUCAGCACGAGUUCGGCAUGAAAGCGAAGUUACGGAAAGACCACGUGAAGCCUUCAUCAAGACAAUAUGUAAAAAUGAUGCGGCCGUGAAAUCAAACAUUCAUGUACCCAAAAAGGGAGGAGAGCGGAAAGCCAUAAAGUAUUUGUUAAUGUCGCUUGUCAUUGUUGCUUGUUCGUUUAACUUCGUUCUGUUUUGUAUUUGUGUGGGUUUAGUCAGGACGUGGCCGGAGUGUAGCUGCUGUUUGUAUGAGGGAAGUGCCCUUUUUCUUGAGACACUGCUUUUUGACUGGAAGGUCUUUUGGGCCAGUGAGGGACUUGUAAAAUUGCACCAUUUUGUAAUGUUUAUGGGUGUUCAAUAAAGUCUAAUCAUGAUGUUUAUUUUAAACUUA